UGGGAAGCAUACGCAGCCGGUGCCCAACAACCAAAUACGGGCAUCUUUUGAACGACUACUACAACACAGCAGAAGCGCAGAAAAUCUAUAACAGCACCGUUAAAUCAACAUCACUUGGCAUGAACAUUAGAAAAAAAUAUAUACACACGCGUAUACCGAGUAAUGCAGAAUUAAAAAUAAGUAAUAAUGAAAGACGUUUAAGUCAAAUAGCAAAUGGAAAAGUGAAUGAGAAAAACAAAAAAAACAUAAAGACAUAUUUACUUGCAGCAGUGCACAAAGUGACACAAGCAAAAAUAUACACACGAAACGACACAAACAAACACUAGUUCGUAGUAAAAUUUAUAAAUGAAAAUUUCGGGUGCAGCAUUAUAAAACAAUAUAGUAUAUAGUAUAGGCAAUAAAGUAAUGAAAACAAAAAUAUAUGCAUUAACACUUAUACACAGACCGACAUACAUCACAUUCCAAAAAUUCUUAAAAUGAACUAUUUGAAAUUAAGUGAGAAAACUUUGCUGCAUAUACUGCAUUAAUAUUAAAUUAAUAAUUACAACAACAACAAUUUUACGAACGGGUACACAAAACACAAUAAACUACAAGUAUUAUUGAAAAGUAUUCAACCGAUGCAAUUAAGAAAGAGUGUUUCAAACUUAAAUAAAAAAGAGUCACAAACAAAUUAAGAAAACAAUUUUAAAUGAAAUGUAUGCAAUUGUAAACAAAAUGAAAGUAAAAAAAUCGAUAUAAAAACAACAACAAACAAAAUAACAUUUGCACUUUUUAAAACCAAAUAUAAUACAAAAUGCAUAAUAAACGAAGUAAUCGUGGCAAGGAUUACCAAAAAAAAACAAAAGCAAAUUUGCUUUCCAAGUCAGUUUAAUGCAACAUAAAGCAGUGAAGUAAGCACAAAAAACGUUACAAGUAAUGGAUACUCAUACACAACAACUACACACGCAUAUAUAAGAAUUAAAAUGAAAUAAAAAAGCACAUUAAAAAAAACGUUAAUAAUUGAAGCGGUAAAGCAGAGGAAGCGAAUCAUAGUAAUAAUAAUUUUAGUAAAGUUACUGUCAAACAAAAACCAAAAGCAAAAGAAAAAAUAUAAAAAACAUUUAUGAUAAACAAUUGAAAAAGAAGAAACAAAAAAAUAUUCAAAAUAUGCGGACACACAGGUAUGCAAUGAAUAGAUAAUCGUACAAGUAUUUAACGUACAUGCAUUCAAAUAUUUUGGGAACCGUUACAUGGAAUCGUUAAGAACGUUAAGAAAUGGUCAUAAUUUGAUUACAAAAUAACUCAGGUUGAAUUAUUUCAAAAUGUGAAAGCCAGACAACAACUGUAAAUGUAUUGAAUUUUUUCCAAUAAAACUAACUAAAAGAAGAGCGCGAACCUAACCACAAAGCCCCACCCAAGCAGCACCACGUAAACCACAUCACUUCUAUUAAGGCACCACACACAACACAAAUGAAGAUCAACAAACAUCAAAACUGUCAAUAGAAAUGUUUAUUCGAAAACCUAAGUCAGAUUCAACGCUGCCGGUUGUCAUUGCAACAAAAUCACUUAAAUUCAUGCAUACAUUUGUACAUUUUGUUUCAAUAAUUAACAACAAAAUUUGCCGUAUAGUCGCACUCUCAUACAUACUUGCAAGCAAAUAUUUCACCAAUGACUUUUCAAUUGAAAAUUUUUCAUCAAUAAAAAAUGUUCAUCACCAAAAAAAAGCUACUCAUCAACCAACACAAACUUACUUGGUUUGUGCAGCACAUACGUUUCAGACGUUUCUAUGUAAACGUUACGCCGCAUGAGCGAUGAACCUGGGUAAUGAUGUAUUCUGGCUGGUGGCACUUUUAUUCGUAGCCUGCAAUUUGUCCUUCGGCGGCACUCGUGAGUCACAAUUGCGCAUCGGUAAGGCCAUCAACAUCUUCGUACGCUAUGGCUAUUUGGGCAUAUCGAUGCGUGUCAUACCGUACAAUGACAGCUACGAGAUGGAUAAAUGGUUGUUUAAGGAGCCGACAAAGUCAAUUUAUAAGGAUCUAAAUGCAUUGAGUGAAAGUCGCGAGGAGAAUGCGCCGGGCAUCUUUCAUGGUGACUUCCAUAUGGAAUUCUGCGAUAAUCGACGACAGCUGUAUCAGGCUUACUUCCGAGACUUCACCGUGGAACGGCUGGACAAACCAUGGGAGGCGUUCACCGGGGGCUGGUUCGCCGAAAAUGCCGCCAAGAAGUUGGGUAUCAACACCUCCUACAUAAUGGGCGAGUACUCGUAUGUGUUGGUGCGCGUGGUGCGCUUCCGGGAAGUGGGCAAAUUCAAAGGUGAAAUACCGCUCAAUCAGACAUUGGAGAAUGACGUGCACGAGCGUAUUGGUGGCAUAAAAGCGGGCAAUGUGACUGGCGCCAUCGAAUUUAUGGAGUCUUAUGGCACACACUACAUCAACUCUUACACGACGGGCAAUUCAUUGUAUCAGGUAUUUGUCUACACACGCAAAAACUAUCAGUUAAUCCGGGAUCGCAUCAAAACGAAAGGCUUGAACAGUCUCUCGAAGAAGGAUCUCUACGAUUUCUUUGCGCCCUGGCAUGCCGUGCACCUCGGACAAAUACGUUCGGCGAGCGCCAAUGCGACGGUGGAACGUUGGGCGCGUCGCAAACUGCAAUACGAAUACUAUGUGGUCAAGUACGUGACGCUGCUCAAGUUGCACGGGAAUGGCACGCUACUCAAGGCCCUAGACAAUCUCUUGGGCAACGAUGCAAUACUUCAACUGGAUCUGAAAUCACUGAACGUCAUCUUCAGGGAUGAGCCCGAGAAGCAAAACUGGUUCAACGAAGUGCUCGACAAUCAGAUGAAGCUGUGGGAGGUCAACAUGCCCAUGAACUGAUCCUUGCAAGUAGACAGUAAUAGCCAAAUAUCCGUUGAAAGUGUGGUUGUUGGGAGGAUUACGUGAGCCGUUAAUGUUCCUAAGUCGCUAGCGACUAUACGCGUUGUUGCCAUUCGUUUGCGCAGCCUUAUGUAUGAAUUCAAUGUAGUAGUAGUGCCUAGGUCACGUCUUAUUUAAAGAAAAAAAUACGAAACGUUGUUGUUGUUGUCCCCGGAGGCUGCAAUAAUGCUUUUUCGAUGCCUGUGAUAGUUUUAGUUGAUUUUAUUGUUGUAAAUUAAGUUAGUUCUAAUUUGAGUCAUGACAUACUGUAGUACAUAUUUAUAUAUACUUGUAGAUAUAUCGGUACUUAUGUAUGUAUGUACAAAGUGUUAUGAGGUAGGGUUGGAUACGUUCGGGGAAUGUGUUGUAUAAAGGUAAUAGAGCGGAGGAAAGGAGUGCGGGGAGGAAUAUUAUAUAAGCAAUCGGAUUACGAAAAGUGUUAGUGUAAGAAAUAUUGUUAAGAUAAAAAUGUAUGUAAAUAAAUAAAUCGAUGGUUAAAAAGUUCAGAAAAAAAGAUGAAA